AUGCUAUGCUUCGGAAAGUUGAUCCUUAUCAUAUGGUGUUGGUGGCUUACUUGCAAACUGUUAAUCCUUCGAUUGAAACCAGAGUUUUGUUGCCCAAGAAUUUUGGAGGUCCUUCGAAGAAGCGAAAGAUCAAAGAAAGAUGUUAAGGCUAGUCUUUCGAAACCUAGUCCUGAACAAAUUGAGAAAGUUGCAAAGCCUACUCCAAAGAAAAUUGUUAAAUCUGAUCCACCUCCAAAGAAGGUUGUUAAGCCAAUUAUUAAAGAAACAUCUACACAUGCGAAGGAGACUAUGCCUUCGAAAUCUAGUAUUUUGAAACGAUUGAAGAAAAUGGCUCACAGGCCACAUCACUUACCAGAAAGAGCUGAAGAUACGGUGAAACGUAUUUACAAGAAGAAAAAGAAGCCAAAGGUUACUAAAGAUUUAAUGGAAGACAUUGCACUUGAAUUGCCAUUUCACGAUCUUGAUAUGGGGAUUCCAUCACUAGCGAGGGGCUCUCCACUCAAAUCGAAUGUCGAGGAGACUAGCAGUCCUGGUGGCACUGUGAAAGUAUCUAAUAUGGACACAACCACUAAUCAAGGUGAUUCGCAUCUUUCCACUCCUAAGCCGACUGUUGUCACACCACCUGGAUUUUCAAACACCGAGUCAUUUAAUGAGGAGGUUCAAACUUUAGACAUUAAUGUGAACAUAUCUAAUUGA